AUGAGUUCCGACCCUUCUCAAGACCCUCAGUGGGAUUCUCCCAUGGAAGGCCUUGAGUCUGAGACGGAGGGGAGUCCUCUUAGCUGGGGACCAAGCACACCUUCUUACGACUCCGAUAGCGAGAUGGAUGAUGCGCCCUUCGCAACUAUUACGCUUGCCGCACCCAAAAAGGAUACCGGAAAGACCCAGAAAAAGGCCAUCGCCGCAACGAAAGAUGAAGAGUCCUCCGAGGAGGAAGAGGAGGAAAAGACAGAGGAAAAGGAAGAGGAAGAGGAAGAGAAUGAGGAAGAGGAAGAGGGGGGAGAGAAGGAGGGGGGAGUGAAGGAGGGGAGAGAGAAGGAACAAGAGAAGGAACAAGAGAAGGAACAAGAGAAGGAGGAAGAGAAGGAGGAAGAGAGGGAGGAGGAAGAGGAGGAGGAAGAGGAAGUCGUGGUACCCAAGCGAGUGACUAGAUCCCAAACUGGGAAGAAACCAGCAACGAGAGGCGGCAGAGCUAAAGCAACUGCGGCGCCCCGACCAAGCCCCCAGCCAACACCCAAGACCACCCCCAAGCCAGCAACGAGCGGCGGUAAAGCUCGGGCAGCUGCGGCGCCAGCUGCAACCUCUCAACCGGCAAAGGGGGGCAGGAAGACCAAACCAGCUGCGGCCACGUCCGCAAACCCCCAAACAGCAACCAGAGGCAGGAAACCUAAAGCGGCUGCUGCCACUUCCGCAACCUCCCAACCAGCAAAGCGAGGCAGGAAACCUAAAGCGGCUCCUGACCCUCCCGCGGCCACCCAGCCGGCAAAGGGAGGCCAACAGGCUAAACCGGCCGCGAAGGCGGAUGAUGGCAAAGGAACACCAGCCAAGUCCAAUAACAAGAAAGCUACCGGCAAGGAAGCCACCGGUACGGCAGCCAACAAGAAAGCCUCGGAAGACAAAGCGAAGGGGAUGAAUAAACGCCCUCUGAACGACCCGGGGAGUAAUACUGGAAACCCUCCCAAGAAGCAAAAAGGCGGUGGAAAGGGUACGGCGUCGACAGGCCAGACAGAAGAAACGCCACCACCUGAAACCGCCGUUGAUAUAGGGCCAGCUGAGAACCCCAUACCGCGGACUGAGAUGGCCCUCUUUACCUUUGGAACCGGAAAAGAGGGCGAGCUGGGGCACGGGGAUAAGUGCCUGGUUUGUGAGGUGCCCACCCCCAUUAAGAUCUUCAAGGAAGUCAUUGUUGGCGCCGCGUGUGGCCCGAUGCACGCCUUGGCCCUGACGGCCGAUGGUGAUGUGUACUCGUGGGGCUCGAAUAAUAACGGCCAACUCGGUCGAGAUACCGAGGCUGGUCCAGGUAGCAGUACUAGAUACAAACCCGGCAAGAUCGACCACAAACAUAUCCCCGAGGGUGUCCUGUUCUGCAAGGUUGCUGCUGGAGGAUCCUACAGCUUGGCUCUCACUACUACCGGUGACAUAUAUGCCUGGGGCACUUUCAUUGACCAGGAUAAGAUGAAAGGCGGCGAGAAUAAAGGCUUUUACAUGCGUGGCGGCAAGCUCAUCGAUGUCCAGACCGAACCAGUAAAACUCCCGCGACUCAGGGGUAUUGUCGAUAUUGCCUGUGCCGAAAAGCACGCUCUCGCCCUCGACAAGAAGCACAAGGUCUGGAGCUGGGGCCAUGGAACCGGCUACCGACUCGGGAGGCACUUAGAUGAUCCCAUGGAUAAUAAUAGGGCGUUUCGGCCUGCCAUCGUACCGAGGCUUCCCGACGAUGUGGUGGGGGUUGGCGCCGGGUAUAACCAUUCUAUGGCCUUUUGCACAGACGAGGGACUGUGGGCGUGGGGUGAGAGCAAGUAUGGACAGGCAGGAAGCGCCGUGAUCCAGAGCAGAUACGUCGAUGCACCUCAACAGAUCCUUUUCGACCCUUGCCCCAUCAAUGACGUCAAACAAGCCGCCGGAGGUCGCUACCACUCUGCAGUGGUGACCACAAACGGCCGUCACUACACCUGGGGCCUCGAUGACAACGGACGCCUAGGGUUCCUGUUCUCGGCAAGACACCUUUGGAUCGGAAAGAAAUACGUCGCGCCCAACAUCUCGGUCGCGGAGGAUGCUGGUACGGUCAAGGUGGGCGGCUGGACGCCAAUAAUAAUUCCCGAAACCGGCAACGGACAGGAACGCUGGGCCACGGCCGUCGCUUGCGGACCACACCAUACCGUCUUCAUAGGUGAGCCUGGCGUGAUAAAGAGUGCCGGGGUAGGCGCCAAUUACCGCCUAGGAGGCCGCAGCACGAGGGACCGUACCCUUCCUCAAAGCAUCCCCAUCUUUUGUCCCGACAAGAACAACCCAGACAUGAUGCGGGACAUACGGAGAGAAGUUAGGCCCGUUUGGGCUGGUGCUGGUGAGACAUAUAGCAUGAUAGCGAUACAAGCUGGCGAUAGGCAUGAGAUUCCUAUCGACCAAGAAAAGGAGAUUACCAUCAAACAAGAAGAGGUGACUCCUGUCAAAGAAGAAAAGGAGACUCCUGUAAAACAAGAAGAGGAGACACCUACCAAAAUCAAAAUAGAUCUUGAGGUCACUCCAUCUGAGGGAAGAGGCAGCGGAAUCGGAUUGAGGUUCUUGUAG